AUGGCGACACAAGCAGCCUUGAUCGCCGAUACAAUUAUCGGCAUGAAGCGAGCCCUGCGCCGCGAGCGCGAUGAUUCGGGUCCAGAUGACCCUAUCACGCAGCCGACCAACCGCGGCAAUAAAAUGCAUGCGAAUGCGAAAUUCGUCAGUGAAGGUGCGAUGGGAUAUAUCAAUGCGGAAGAGUUUUAUAAAGAGAAAAUCGAUCACGCCGGAUACACACGUUACAUCCUGCACCGGAAUCCAAUUCGCUAUGACUCCGAAGGCGAUGAACUUGAAGAGGAGGAUGAAGAUUCUGAGGCCGAUGCUGCGGCUGCUGAAGAGAACCCGUUUUCAGGGAUCGCGUUGGAAACACUCCUCUGCCCUUUGAAACACCCCUCCGAACUCCCGUCCCAUCCCUCCAUGUCUCAGCCCUACACAUCCGAAGCCCUCGAGCAAAUGACCCUAGCCGUCGAAGAGAAGCUGCGACAGGAAAAGGCUCUACUCUGGCGGGCACGAAAUUUGCAUCGCCAAUUCUUAGGUGAUGGGGGAUGGAUCCCCUGCGGUAUUGUUGAAACCGAGGAAGAUCGCUUCAUCUUUGAGCAGCGUGAUGAUAGGCAAAGCGCGUCCGCCAAGCAAAAAAGGCAAAAUGGGACCGAGCCGUAUGCGAACGGUGAUCUCAACGCCCAACAAGACGAGAUCCAACAAGCACAAAACGAGACGAACCACGAAGCCAGCGCGAACAAUGAAGAUCCUCUGAAGGUUCUGAAAUCCGAAGAGGCCGAUGCUACAGUUUCAGAUCUCCCACAACACCCAACAGACGCCGAGGAAUCGGGUCUAGAAGCCCGCGGGAAGAGGGAAGAGGAAAUCAACGGAAGCAAGAGAACUGAUGCAAACGACGUACAAAAUAAUGAGACCGAGGAGCAAGAUGAGGAAAUGCACGAUGGUUCUUCCCCAGAACCACCCCGCCGCAUGACGACACGCGCCCAAGCCAACAACGCAGACAACCCCCUCGAGGGAGGAUCACCCAUGUCAUCCACAGAAACACUCAGCGGAUUCCCCCAUCCACACCCACUCUUCCUAGUGCCCGAAGACAAACAAGAAGAGACGGUGCGCGGCUUCGAGCAUAUGCUCGAUUCGCUGCUGCGCGCUUUCCGCAUGAAGUCUGAUGUGCUGGAGUGGUGUAAGGCUGAGGGCCAUGUGGGGGAAAUGAGUGAUGGCGAGGACUGGUAUGAUCGGGAGCAAUGGGGGUUGGCGGAGAAUGAGGAUCUUAAGAAGGGGACUGAUGAGGAUGAAGUUGAGACUGUUGAUGAGGCGAGGACGACUGUGAAGAGGGGAAGGGGGAGAAGGCAGUAG